AUGAUUCAACAAUCCACGGCCAGCGACCCAAGCCAUGCUGAAAUGGCCAACACAUACCAUGGCCAAGGUACAGAGCAAGAUCCUUUCUUGGUCGAGUUCCGAAAGAAUGACCCUGAGAACCCCAUGAACUGGUCCCGAUUCAGGAAAUGGUUCAUUACCACCAUCGUGACGCUGUCUGUCUUCGCUAUCACCUUCACAUCAUCAGCAUACUCUGUAUCCUCCAACGAACUCAGGCAAGACUUCAACAUUAGCAGCGAAGUCUUCAUUUUCGGUGUUUCCCUCUUUGUUCUCGGAUUCGCAAUUGGGCCAGCCGUAUGGGGCCCCUUGGUAAGCACAUGUCUACUCUUUGAGCAUUCCUUAGGAUCCGAGCUGUAUGGAAGACAAAUUCUUUGGAUCGCCUCCCACGUUGCCAUGGUGGCCUUUGUUGGAGGCUCCGCUGGCAGCCAAAACAUUACCUCGCUCCUCCUUUUGCGAUUCUUCGGCGGAACCUUUGGCGGGUCGCCUCUAGUCAACUCAGGUGGCAUCAUUGCUGAUCUAUUUGCUCCAGCUCAGAGAGGUCUCGCCAUGACACUUUACUGUGUCGCACCAUUCCUCGGCCCCAUCCUGGGUCCUGUCGUUGGUGGCCUCGUAUCAGAGGCAGUUGGAUGGAGAUGGGUCCAAGGCGUGUGCUGCAUCUUCAUAGGGGUAAUCGGGAUUCUCGGCGUCGUCUUUGUCCCUGAGACUUAUGGACCUGUGCUUCUCGCCAGAAGAGCGAGCUGUUUGUCGAAAGCCGAUGGCAAGUUAUACCUCAGCGUUCUUGAAGAUAUUCAGAGCAAGAAGCAACCGUCUGAAGUUUUCAAGAAGGCUCUAGUACGACCUUGGGUGUUUCUGUUCCGGGAACCCAUCGUGUUAGUGGCCUCACUCUACAUGGCCAUUAUUUACGGCACUGUCUACAUGUUCAUGGCUGGCAUGCCCAUUGUGUACAACCGAGAUCGAGGAUGGAGCGAGGGCACCGGUGGACUUGCAUUUAUAGGCAUCGCGGUCGGUAUCAUCUUGGGCCUGGCGUAUGCUAUCUACGAUAAUGGGCGCUACAUGACACUCUUUCUAUCCAACAAGGCAACUGCAGAGUCUCGACUACCACCAGCCAUAGUCGGUGCCAUAGCCUUACCCAUAGGCAUGUUUGCCUUUGCGUGGACAAACUACCCCAGCAUCCACUGGUCCGUCAGUAUCAUCCUCUCUGCGCCCUUUGGUUUCGGUUGCGUCCUUGUUAUUUUACCUAUGGUCAACUACCUGAUUGACUCUUACACGAUAUUUGCUGCCUCUGUUCUCGCAGCGGCGGCCAUUUUCCGCUCGAUUGUCGGCGCUGUGUUUCCACUGUUCACCGCUGAGAUGUACAACAAUCUUGGAAUACAUUGGGCAAGCUCUUUACCAGCUUUUCUCACACUGGCUUGUGUGCCGUUCCCGUUUAUUAUGUAUCGAUAUGGCAAGGCGCUGAGGAUGAAAUGCAAGUAUGCCUUCGAGGCUGCUGAGAUGAUGGGACACAUGGAGUCUCAAGGCCGAGGAAGAUGA